AUGCCUGGUAGCAGCUUCCAUACGGAUGCGUUCAAAAGCCAGCUUAACGGUGGUGGCCUUGGCCUUGUGGACUGCUCUGAGUCCAUGGUUGAGUAUCAAUUUGCAGACGAUGAGGGUGAAGGGUCCCAGGCUCAGCUUCGUUCGCUACCUUGUCCUCGUCGGAGCAGCCGCCUCAAGCGGAGAAGGGUUGACUAUAAUGAAGUGUCGGAUAUCGACAUGGACUUGCCAGCCAAGAGCAGCACUCAUGAAGAUAAGGGCGACUUUUACAGCGAUGGCGAAGAGGAGUCUGACCAGAGUUCCGGGGCCCAAUCCGAGACUGCUGAGUUCUCUUCACAAGAAAACAACGUUCCAGAUGCCUGUGUGAAGGCACCUGUGAAGGCGAGAUCCACGCCCCUCGUGCCCACGUUUACCGAAGCCGACCUGAUUUUCCCAUUGACUCAGCCUGACGAAUUGAAACUAUUGGUUCUCUUUGCCGCUUCAAUCUAG